AGUAGUGGAUUCCAAGUGUGCUAUUUUUUAUUUAAAAGUUGAUAUUUCUUCAGUAAAUAAUCUGUAAAAUGGAUAUUUUUACAAUUUUACUGAUGACUUUAAUCAGUUUGUUACUUAUUUACAUUAUCUAUCAAAUGACCUAUUGGCCAAGAAGAAAAGUUCCUAAUAUUCGACCAAUUCCAAUUAUUGGCAAUGAAUUUGGACUUAUAAUUUAUCGGUCGACUCCAAUAGCUGAUUACUGUAUGAAAAUUUAUAAAUAUCAUCCUGAAGCUCGAUACUUUGGAUUGAUGAUGUAUAAUAUGCCAGUUAUUCAUUUAAAAGAUCCUGAAAUAAUUAAAGAGAUUUAUAUUAAGAAUUUUGACUUUGUACCUGAUCAUAAAUCAUUUAUCGAAGAAGAAUUUGAUCCAAUUUUUGGUAAAAAUGUUUUUUCUUUACGUGGAGAACGAUGGCGUCAAGUUAGAAGUGCUUUAACUCCUUCAUUUACCGCAGCUAAGAUGAAAUUUUUAUUUAAAUUAAUCUCACAAACAUCUGAAGAAUUUGUUGAGUAUCUUUAUGAUAACCCAGACUUGUGUGAGACUCUUGACAUAAAAGACGCAUUUACAAGAUAUACAAAUGACGUAAUAGCUACUUCUGCAUUUGGAAUUCAAGUUAAUUCAAUGAAAGAUCGAGAAAAUGAAUUUUAUUUACGAGGAAAAGAUGCUACUAAUUUGACAGGAACUCGAAGGAUUUUGAAAUUCAUGUGUGGUAUAUUAUUUCCCAGAUUAAUGCGUGCAUUGGGUUACACUUUUUUGACUAAAAAAACAAAUGAUUUUUUUGUUAACUUAAUUAAAAAUACUGUUAAAUAUAGAGAUCAAAAUGAAAUCAUUAGACCUGAUAUGAUACACUUGUUGAUGCAAGCUAGAGAAUCAGCAGGAUUUGAAAUAACGAUUACUGAUAUUAUGGCUCAAGCGUUUAUCUUUUUUCUUGCUGGAUUUGAAACCUCUUCAACUGUUAUGGGCUACGUAGCUCAUCAACUAGCUUAUCAUCAAGAUGUUCAAGAUCGUCUUCGCCAAGAAGUUGAUGAUUUAUUUGUUUCUAAUUCGGAAAUAACAUAUGAAUCAUUAAAUGAUAUGACUUAUAUGGAUAUGGUUUUGUCCGAAACACUAAGACUUUAUCCUCCAGUUGUGGUUUUGGAUCGAGUUUGUUCGAAGGCAUUUGAUAUUCCAUCACCAAUGAAAAAUGCUGAUGAAAAAACUGAUAGACUUAGAGUUAACCCAGGAACUAUUUUUUGGGUUCCAACUUUUGCAAUGCAUAGAGAUCCAAAAUAUUUCCCAGAACCUGAUAAAUUUGAUCCUGAAAGAUUUAGUCCCGAGAAUAAAGAAAAAAUAAAUCCAUACACUUAUACACCGUUUGGAAUUGGUCCAAGAAAAUGUAUUGGAGAACGAUUUGCUUUAAUGGAAAUUAAAAUACUCUUCGUGAGACUUUUACGAAAAUUUGUUAUUAAACCAUGUGAUAGAUCACGUGAAAAAAUAGUUUUUCAUAAAUAUAGUCUUAAUUUACUACCCGAAGGUGGAGUAUGGUUAAAAUUUGAAAAAAGAAAAGCUUAAAUGUUAUUAAUGUUUAUAACACGAUAUUUUUUAUAGAAAUAAUUAAGAAAAAAUAUAUAUUUUUUAGAU